ACCACGUGUGUCCCCGCGCCCGGCGGCCACCCGACUCAUUCCCUCGCCGGCCGGUCUGGGCAGCGGAGGAGGGUGGUUGGCAGCGGCUGGAGGCUUCGCUAUGGGAAGUUGUUCCUUCGCUCUCUCGCGCCCAGCCCUCCUCCCUGGUUCUCCGCAGCCGCUGUCGGAGGAGAGCACGGGGAGGCGCGGGUUGCAGCCGCGGCUGCUUCUCCCCGCCCGGGCAGCCGCGCAGCUGGGCAGGUGCUGAGCGCCCCCGGAGCCUCCCUCGCCGCCUCCCUCCUCUGUCGGGCUGUCCGGCUGCCGCAGUGCACAUGGGGUGUUGGAGGUAGAUGGGCUCCCGGCUCGGGAGGCGGCGGUGGAUGCGGCGCUGGGCAGAAGCAGCCGCUGAUUCCAGCUGCCGGGGGGCCACGCGCCCCGGGCGCCCUGCGAGCCCCGGGCUCAGCCAUGGGGAUCUCCGCGAGCAGCAGCACCGCCCCGGCCUCCUGCAGCCGCAUCGCCGGAGCCACGAUGAUCGCGGGCUGCCUUUUCCUGCUUGGAUUCCUCAGUACCACCAGGGCUCAGCCGGAACAGAAGGCCCCAAGUCUCAUUGGCAAAUACCACCAUGUCGACCGUGUCACCGGCCAGGUGCUUACCUGCGACAAGUGUCCGGCAGGAACCUAUGUGUCUGAGCACUGUACCAACACAAGCCUGCGUGUCUGCAGCAGCUGCCCCACGGGGACCUUUACCAGACACGAGAACGGCAUUGAGAAAUGCCACGAGUGUAGUCAGCCGUGCCCCCGGCCGAUGAUUGAGAAAUUACCUUGUGCUGCCUUGACUGACCGAGAAUGCACUUGCCCACCUGGCAUGUUCCAGUCAAAUGCUACCUGCGCCCCCCACACGGUGUGCCCUGUGGGUUGGGGGGUGCGGAAGAAGGGGACGGAGACGGAGGACGUGCGGUGUAAGCAGUGUGCUCGGGGGACCUUCUCUGAUGUGCCUUCCAGUGUGAUGAGAUGCAGAGCGUACACAGACUGUCUGAGUCAGAACCUGGUGGUGAUCAGGCUGGGGACCAAGGAGGCAGACAACGUCUGUGGCACGCUCCCGCCCCUCUCCAGCACCACCCCUCCUUCCCCUGGCACCAUCAGCCUUUCCCGCCCUGAGCACGUGGAACCCCACGAAGUCCCUUCCUCCACUUAUGUUCCCAAAGGCGUGAACUCAACAGAAUCCAACUCUUCUGCCUCUGUUAGACCAAAGGUGCCGAGUGGCAUCCAGGAAGGGACAGUCCCUGAGAACACAAGCUCAGCAAAGGGGGAGGAAGGUAUGAACAAGACCCUCCCAAACCUCCAGGUAGUCAACCACCAGCAAGGCCCCCACCACAGACACAUCCUGAAGCUGCUGCCGUCCAUGGAGGCCACCGGGGGCGAGAAGUCCAGCACGCCCAUCAAAGGCCUCAAGAGGGGCCAUCCCAGGCAGAACCCACACAAGCACUUUGACAUCAAUGAGCAUCUGCCUUGGAUGAUCGUGCUUUUCCUGCUGCUGGUGCUUGUGGUGAUCGUGGUGUGCAGUAUCCGGAAAAGCUCGAGGACGCUGAAGAAGGGGCCCCGGCAGGAUCCCAGCACCAUUGUGGAAAAGGCGGGGCUCAAGAAAUCCAUGGCCCCCACCCAGAACCGGGAGAAGUGGGUCUACUACUGCAAUGGCCACGGUAUUGACAUCCUGAAGCUUGUAGCAGCCCAAGUGGGAAGCCAGUGGAAGGAUAUCUAUCAGCUUCUGUGCAAUGCCAGCGAGAGGGAGGUGGCCGCUUUCUCCAACGGGUACACGGCGGACCACGAGCGGGCCUACGCAGCACUGCAGCACUGGACCAUCCGGGGCCCCGAGGCCAGCCUGGCCCAGUUAAUUAGCGCCCUGCGCCAGCACCGGCGCAACGAUGUCGUGGAGAAGAUCCGUGGCCUGAUGGAAGAUACAGCCCAGCUGGAAACUGACAAGCUGGCUCUCCCGAGGAGCCCCAGCCCGCUUAGCACGAGCCCGGUCGCCAGCCCCAACCCGAAACUUGAGAAUUCCACGCUUCUGACGGUGGAGCCCUCCCCACUGGAUAAGAACAAGGGCUUCUUCGUGGACGAGUCCGAGCCCCUCCUUCGCUGCGACUCCACGUCCAGCGGCUCCUCGGCGCUGAGCAGGACCGGAUCAUUUAUAACCAAAGAAAAGAAGGACACAGUGCUGCGACAGGUGCGCCUGGACCCCUGCGACUUGCAGCCUAUUUUUGAUGACAUGCUCCACAUCCUGAAUCCCGAGGAGCUGCGGGUGAUUGAAGAGAUUCCUCAGGCCGAGGACAAGCUGGACCGGCUGUUUGAGAUCAUUGGAGUCAAGAGCCAGGAAGCCAGCCAGACCCUCCUGGACUCUGUUUAUAGCCAUCUUCCCGACCUGUUGUAGAACACGAGGAAUACUGCACUCUGGAAAUUACUCAAUUUAGUGGCAGGGUGGCGUUUUUAUUCUUAUUUUUUUUUAAUUUUUGUUUUUUGGUGUGUGUGUGUGUGUGUGUGUGUGUGUGUGUGUGCGCGCGCGCGUGUGUGUUUAACAGAGUAUAUGGCCAGUGUUUUGAGUUCAUUCUUUCUUUUUAAAAACCCUCCUGGGAAGUUAGCAUAUAAGCCUUUUCAACUGUUUCAGAAUAUCCACCACUGAAGUUUUUUUAGUUUCCAUAUUUUCUCUGUCUUGCCUUCGUAUGUAUUCUCAAAAUUGUUCUGUGCACUUUAAAUUCACUUAAUGUAUCACAAAUACAGUGCGGCUUUUCCCACACACUGGACUAUGAGGCUCUUAACUUCUUAAAAGUGUCAUAGCAUCUUGUGAAUGCUAUAAGCUGUCUUCAUGUCUCAACAUUCACAUCUGCUUUAUUAUUAUUAUUAUUAUUACUAUUUUAUUAUUUGCCAUUUAUGAAUUUUCUUAAGGAUUCAAGAAACGUAAGACCCCAUUGAGUUACUGUAACGCAAUUAGAUCUUGAAGUAUCUUUUUAACAUGCCUCGUUGGGUAGUUCAUAUUUAUGGCUGAAACUUGACCACACUGUUGCUGAUUGUAUGGUCUUCACCUGGACACCGUGUUGAAUGCUUGAUUACGUGUGCUCCCCUUACGCUAUUCUGCUCUGGGCUGGAGACAUGAAAUCCUCACAAGCCAUCAUGACUUGCUAUUUGAGUGGCUUGACAACUGGGCCACCAAGGAACUUGAACUUCAACUUUUAGAGAUUGAGCUGUUCUGGAACAUAUUGCUGCACUUUGGAAAGUCACAGUUGAAGUGCUGGUGACAAAUGACACCUUUUCCAAAGGGAAUUUGUCCAGCUUUGCUUUACAAGAUGUCUUGUUUUUUAUACACACAUAGUCGAUAGGUCUGGUCUGCCCUCAGGGCCUCGGUCUUGGGGGGUUUCCUUCAUUCAAUCACUUUAGUUAAAAAUGGCUGCAGCUUUAAGAACUCUUGUCUGAUCUAUUUGCAACUCUGCUCCCAUUUAUACACGUGCUCUUUGAUGCUUAGUUGCUGAAUUCUAAUGCAAAGGUGGUGUGGACUCCCUUUGUGUGGGUGGGGUUUGUGGGUAGUGGUGAGGGACUGAUAUCAGAAAACUGCCUUCAAGUGUACUAAUUUAUUAAUAAAUAUUAGGUGUUUGUUA